UUCCAUUGACCGUUUUCCUCAUCAUCAGUGCUGAUAUGGAAAUAGUAGCUUAUAAAUAUUUGUCAGUUUCUUAAAGCAAGUUCAGACGUCUGCAAACAAUGCCUGGCAUUCGGAUUCAUGCAUAUACAGUAUGCAGCCCUCCAGAACACAAGGUGGCACUAAUGACUUAAUUUAGUGUCUUUGCAAACUGAAACACGCAUGCGCAGAACAAAAACCAAAAAGACGAGUUCUGCACUUCUUAUAUACUGUCUAUGGUUCUGCAGAAGUUUGGCCCAUAGUAUCAGAGAAUAUCUAAACCAGCUUAACACAGGUGAUCAUCCGACUGGGCACUUACCUGUUCUCCUCCAUUUGCUGUCAGUUCAGAUGGAACUGCAGCUUCCACCUCAUGAGGGAGAGGAGCUCUCAGUGGUUGACAUGCACACAGGUGGAGAACCUUUACGGAUCAUCCACAGCGGCUACCCAGAGGUCAAAGGUGACAGUGUGCUGUCCAAACGUCGUUAUGUCCGGGAACAUCUGGAUCACCUCAGGAGGGUGCUGAUGUACGAGCCGCGGGGACACUACGACAUGUACGGAGCCCUGAUUGUGGACAGCGAGGUACCUGAGGCGGAUCUGGGGGUGCUGUUCAUGCACAACGAGGGGUACAGCACCAUGUGUGGCCACGCAGUCAUCGCACUGGGGCGCUUCGCUGUGGACUACAAACUGGUGAAAGAACCACAGUCACCAGAGACCCAAGUGAACAUCCACUGUCCCUGUGGUCUGGUGAAGGCGUUUGUCGAGUACUCUGAUGGUAAAACAGGAGGAGUGAGGUUUCUCAGCGUGCCAGCGUUUGCAUUUGCUACAGAUGUGAAGGUGACGGUGGAAAGGUUUGGUGAAGUGACUGUUGACAUCAGCUAUGGAGGAGCCUUCUACGCCUUUGUAGACGCCCAGAGGUUUGGCCUCGAUGUGACCAAGUCCAGGACCCGAGAUCUGGUAGAUGCAGCCACAGCAGUGACCAAUGCUGUCAAAUGUCAGGUGAAGUUGCACCACCCAACCAGUGAUGAUCUGGCCUUCCUCUACGGCACCAUCCUCACAGAUGGCAAAGAUAAUUACUCCUCCGAUCCCACCGCCAAUAUCUGUGUGUUUGCUGAAGCACAGGUGGACCGGAGCCCCACUGGUUCUGGUGUUACAGCCCGAGUGGCUCUCCAGUAUCACAAAGGUCUCAUCCAGCUGAACCAGACCAGGACGUUUCAGAGUGGAGCCACUGAGUCCCAGUUCACAGGGAAAGCUGUUGAGGUACCAGUUUUCUUCAGUGCCCGUGUGCGCCCCUCUGCCCUAAGUCACUCUGGAGACAAAGUGUGGAGACUUCAAGGCUGUCGUGGUGGAAGUUGCCGGCAGAGCUUUUUACACCGGAGUUUCACGCUUUGUGCAGGAGCCAGAUGACAAGCUGACUCAUGGUUUUCUCCUGAAGUGAGCCUCAAUUACAGGUUGUGGUAUUAAAUAUGGUUGUACAUAAAAAGUACUUUAAACAUUAGUUAAAAAGUUGCGUUUAUAGCUUAAAAAACUAUAGAAAAUCCCUAUGCUCUCCAAGAAGAGUAUUGGAUAUGUAAUAAACUUUGUUAAAGAGAUUGUAUCAACAUUUUCUGUUGGUUUUCCUUUGUAAUUAUGGCCUGUGCCCAACCACUGACUCAUAAGGUUAGAAACAAGACAAAUGUACGCUGCCUGUGACUUUUCCUUUGCAACGCGAUGACCUCAGUCGUAUUACAUUAAUAAAUGUACGUACUAUUUUGUUUA